UAUAUACUACCGCACUGCUCAUCAGCUGAUCUGAUUGGCUCCUGACAGCGCGAGCUCCUGACAGAUUUACCUCAGGAUCGCGGCUAGCUCGUUAGCCAUUAGCUUCAUAUAAACAUGCUGCGGAAGGAAUGUGAAGAUUUCCCCGACUUUGUAACAAACGGUGAUUAUAACUGUGAGUUUAUUGACGUACAGUGAGUUCAGUAGCAUACAGUAGAUUUAUAGCCAGGACACGACCUCCUGCUAGCUAGCUGACUGAAGCAGGUUGUGAGAGUAAAGCUAGUUAGGUGUUUCACCUGUCAGUCAGCACAGCUGUCCAUCAUGCUGUGUGUUAGCAGCUUAGCUCACCUGAGGAAACAUCUGCAGCCCAUGUGCACUUAUUAAAGUCUGAGGAGAAAGCGAGUGUGACGUGAAUCUAAACAAGUUCCACUUGGGAAUGUUGGAGGAAAUUCAGAGCAGGACGAGAAAAAAUAAAUCCCCAAACAACACAAGAGCAGCAGCAGCAGCAGCAGCAGCAGCAGACAGAAGGCGUUUGCGGCACCUGAGGAGCAUCGCGGCGAGGAACGUUGUGAACAGAAACCACUCUCCGCUACUGGACACAUAUUUCACACUGCAUCUGUGUUCAGACAAUCACAUCUCUAGAGAUUUUUACAAGAGCGAGGUGAUACAAGACUCUCUGAACCCGACAUGGCGCAGUUUGGACUUUGCUAUGCUGCCGGACAUGUUGGACACGUCUGUGUCGUGUUUUGUAGUCCGGAUUUGGGGAGGACGAGAAGAACAGUACCAACUGCUGAUCGAAUGGAAAGUGAACUUGGAUGGUCUGAGAUACACCGGCCCACAAAUCCGCUCUCGGUGUCCUAAUGAGAUCAUCUUUGGUCUGAAUGAUGGUUACUAUGCAGCAGAUAUGGAUCAGAAGGAGAACUCUGAGAGGAAGAAGAACUUGUUAUUGCAGGUGGACCAGAGCUCUGUGAGAAAUUCAUACAGUGUCUUCUCCCUGCUCAGUGAUUAUUCCUCAUAUCCCCAAGUUCCUCUCUCACCACAGAACAUAAAACUUCACACGGCUCAGAAGGCCAUAAAACAGACGCAGGUCACGGUCCAGAAAAUCGGGAAAGAGAUCGAGGAGAAGCUCAGAACCACAGCAGCUUGUACAGAACGGAAGAAGGAGCGUGAGUGUAUGCAGUUGCGUAUCGGUGUGUUACGGAGUGAGGUGGAGAGACAGAGGAAAGCUCUGCUGAGAGAGAAGGAGACACUGCAGAAAGAGACAGCACUACUUCAAAAGAAAGGGGAGGCAUACAGAUGUAAACAGCAGACUCUGGACUUGGAGCGAGACUCUCUCACUGAUCUACAAAAGGAAAGCACUGCUAAAAGAGAGCUGUUCCUGAAGUCCAGUGCACAGCUCACAUUCCGUUGUCGUCAGCUCCUCUCAGAACUUUCCUACAUCUACCCCAUUGAUACGAACAGUCAGUCUGAUUUUAUGAUCUGUGGUGUGAAACUUCCAAACUCUGAAGACUUUCAAGCAAAGGAUGAUGGGAGUGUGGCAGUUGCCCUUGGAUACACGGCGCACCUGGUGCUGAUGAUUUCCUGCUUCUUGCAGAUUCCGCUCAGGUAUCCCAUCAUGCACCGGGGCUCUCGCUCGUCCGUUCGAGACACCAUUACCGACAAGCUCAGCGAGAAGGAGAGGGAGUUCCCUCUUUAUCCACGAGGAGAGAGAUUCCACUUCGAGUACGGUGUUUACCUGCUGAACAAGAACAUUGCUCAGUUGCGGUACCAGCACGGUCUCUCCACACCGGAUCUGCGCCAGACUUUACCCAACCUCAAGAACUUCCUAGAACACGGGCUGCUGGUCAGAUGUGAUCGUCAUCAGGUGUCCAGCUCAAUCCCAGUCCCUGUUAGAUCCCAUUUGAGCGUCACGCAGGUCGCUUCUGCCGUCUCUCCGGAAGCGGACAAAAAGAAGCGCAGGUCAUAUAAACUCUACGACCCGGUCGUGACCCCUCUCCCUGAAGCCACAGCGAACCAGGAAGCUUCACCUUACUGUCUGGAUGUCAGCAUGGAGUUGGAGAAGACGCUCAGCGAGACGGACGGCCAAGCCGAAGCUGCAGGAACGUCGACACCGGAGCCGAAUCCCCGACAAUACGAUCCGGACGUGAAGAAGAUUCCGGAGAGAGAUCUGGAACUGUUUGAGGUCCCGAGAGAGUCGGAAUGCGUGGAGGAAAAUCUGCAGCACCAGGGUGCCAUGAACGGGUCUGCGGGCGUCCCGGCCGGGGCGGAGGUGUGCUGCUCCGUGGAACAGGCGGAGGAGAUCAUGGGGACGGAGGCGACGGGGUUGGGGUUAGGAUCACGAAUGGAGGAUUUCCCCUGUAUCCCUGUGGAACACGCCGUGGCCGUAGAGAGUGACGAUCAGGUUCUCGGAGAACUGGAGAACUUUGAGGAGUUCUCAAAACGCAUCUGCGCUCUAAACGAGAAACCGUCCUGCUUCAGACGGCCACGCAAAAACUCUGAUAAAUAACCAGAGGUCAAGGGUCACCAGGUAGGCCUUUACCUUCACAUCUGACUGCAUUGAACAGACAUUACACACAGAGGUAUAUUAUUAUUAUUAUUAUUAGGAAAUAUCUGGAAUAUUUGCACUCUUAACCCUUUCAAAUAAAAAUAAAGAGAAUGUGGUUCAAA